AUGGGAAGUCAACCCAGCAGAGGGAAAAUGCUGCCAAGCCCGAGCUCAAGGCCCUCUGUGCUCUUGCAGACAGGUAGGCAAACAGAAAAAAGCAAGACCCGAGGCGUGGCCCUGAGCAAUUUUCCGGUAGGCGAGCAGUCCGAGCUGUCGCUGAUACUGGGGGAGCCACUGACCAUUGUCUCUGAGAAUGGAGACUGGUGGACUGUGCUGUCGGAAGUUUCAGGCAAAGGAUACAGCAUCCCCAGUGUGCAUGUGGCCAAAAUCUCCCAUGGGUGGUUGUAUGAAGGUCUGAGCCGGGAGAAAGCUGAAGAACUGCUGUUACUGCCUGGAAACCUUGGUGGGGCCUUCCUCAUCCGGGAAAGCCAGACCAGAAGAGGCUGUUUUACCCUGUCCGUCCGCCUCAGCCGCCCUUCAUCAUGGGACCGGAUCAGACACUACAGGAUCCAUAACCUUGACAAUGGUUGGCUGUACAUCUCACCAAGCCUCACCUUCCCCUCACUCCAGGCCCUGGUGGACCAUUACUCUGCGAUGGCAGACGACAUCUGCUGCCUGCUCAAGGAGCCCUGUGCCCUGCGGAGGACUCGCCCACUCCCUGCUAAAGCCAUACCCCCACCUGUGACUGUACAGACAAAACCAGUCAACUGGAAAGAGUUGGACAGCUCCCUCCUGUUCUCUGGAGCAUCUGCCACAGGAGAGGAUUCUCUCCUCAGUGAGGGGCUCCGGGAGGCCCUCAGCUCCUAUAUCAACCUGACAGAUGACAUCUCCUUGGAUGAUGCUAAGGCCCCAAGCAGAGGCCGAAAAGGGAAACAAGGCUGCAGCACCUAG